AUGUCUGGUCUGAAGGGAGGUCACAAAGACCCCAGCAAGGGUAAAAACAACGACAACAGUUCCUCAACUCAUCUUCCUGAAAAUCAAGGAAUGGCAAGCAAUCCCAGAACGGCUGAAGAUCUUCGAGCUUUGAUUCAAACUCUCGCCAUUGGCCCAAACAGAGACGCCAUAUUCAUCAAUACGAACCUUCCUCCGUUCACCCUUUCCACCACCACUAAUGGACUCCAUGCGGCCAACAACGAAGAUUCGCCCAAUUCCAAGCGACCUCAUCCUUUUGGAACACCUUUCACCCCUCAAAAGCCUGCCAAUAGCAAAGGUCAAUCGCAACUUCCUUCGUCCGAUGCAGCCAAGAAGGAGAACGCACAAAUGCCGCUCCCCAUCGGUACAGAGAAAAAGCUCGGUCUAAUCGAAAGAAUCCAACCUCAACCUCAAUACGGAUAUCCAAGUACUCCAAAAUCACCUUCGUCGUUUUGGCCACAAUACCAUGGUGGCUGGGUUGAGACGCAAGAAAUUGUCUCGCCAAUGUCACCCUCGUCGAGGGUGGACUACAGACCUGAUCAUCCCUACUAUGGUCAAUACCAAGAUGGAAUUCAAGGUCAUGAGGAACAGUGGAAUCGUUAUCAGUUGCAACGGGGCAGAAAGGAAGAUCUCAACAAUAAUCACAAUUGUCACUCCAGUCAAUCCGGCAACCUCCCGAGAAGGACCAUCACGUUCAAUCCUUUCGCGGAUGAUAUGUAUAAUACCACAUCCAUGAAUAUCAACUCCUCGUCGGCGAAGUCGGGGUCUAGUCAACCUCGAAACGGUCAGCCUAUCUCCGGUAUUGAGGAUCACAAUUUCUCCGACCUCAUUUCUACACCUGGCUUCGGUGGGUUUGGCGUCACCUUUGGCGCAAGCUCUUAUUUCCCUGCAUAUAAUGGCAAUCAUCAACAAUAUCAAGAUCCAGCCUCUACGGCAUCUAAUACAAGACCCAACGCGGCGCAAUUGACCCAAGCACUCAGCAAUGCUGGAAAGAGGUCAAGCGCCUAUGGCAACGAGUGGUAUGCUCAGAACAAUCAAGGACAAGCACAUCAAGAUCUCCAUCGUCAACGAAGACCCAGCAUGUCUCAUAGCACCCGUUAUCCUCCUUUUGAAGCUGGACUGGUCCGAGCUCACACCGGUACGUCGGCUCAAACUGUACCAACUGAUCAAUUCGCCACACCUGGUCCGGAAAGACGACCAAAUGCAGACAACUCUGCGUUGGUGCUACGAAAGACACCUUGGGCUGUCACUCAAUAUACCAAUACCGGAUUACUUCCGCCAAAUUGGGGUCCUGGCACUGGCUUCGACUCAGGUCCACCUCCUCCUACUCCAUUUGCACCGGGAGAUUGGCUGUGUGCACAACCCUAUUGUGGCUAUCAUAAUUUCCAAAAAAACCCUGACUGUCGAGCCUGCGGUCAUCCUCGACCUUGGGAGAUGAUUACUCAUAACACCAUCAACAGUCCUCCUCUCGGAUCCGUUGGCGACUGGAGAUGCGAUUGCGGAUACAUCAAUUGGCGAAGACGAGCUCUUUGCAAGAGCUGCUACCCUGAUCAUCCUUCUAAUCGAGAUCGAUCCGCUAACGUUCGGCAUGGGAGGUCCUCGACUGGCCACCACAACAACUCCAAGGCGUCUAAUGAACUGAACAGAUCUAACGAUCAAAUCGUGACAAUCUUCAGUGGUGAAGUAUCUCUAUCAUCGUUUUCAGGGAAUUGCGAGACCUCUGCCUGA